UUCCAAAGUGAUAUAGACUUUAUCCGGCGUCUGUACGCUUUGAACCGAGCAUUUAUUUCCCGGGGAGUUAGCUUUGCAGUUAGGAAUGAGUUGUGGACAGUAUAUUGUAUCUUAGCUGUUGUGGCUUCCAGUUUUAUACAGAAGGGACGUCCUGGGACCUGACUAAUCUUGGGAAAGAUUUCAAGUAAAAUUUACUCCGUUAAAUAGGGCCAGGUGUAAAUAUAUCUCCGAUUUACACUUCAAAAGAUAACAGUGGCACCGAAAACCUCUUUUGAGUUUGGACAAGUGACACCAAGAAGAUCUUAGACAUUGCUGUUCUUAAUAGAAUGAUGGCGUGAAAACAGAGCUGUGAACACUUUGCAGAAUUAUUUAGGAAUAAAAUUCAGGAGCUUUUUGAGAUUCAUCAUUGAAAAUGGUAUCAUUUAGUUUCAGUACUAAGCACCUGUAGUGUUAAUGCACUUGAAAUAAGUUUUAAAAGACAUACGAGGUUGUACACAUUCCACCAUUGGGAAAACAAGAAGAUGACAUAUGAUUAAAUACAAUCUAUGUGCUCGUGACAACUGAGCUGCUGAAGGCAGGAAGAACUCUGAGCUGAAUAGUAGUGGGUCCCUGAAUCUGGAGAGAAGGCGCCACCUUGGAACCAGUCAUGAACCAUCCUGACUACAAGCUGAACCUUCGGUCUCCGGGGACCCCCAGAGGUGUGUCCUCGGUGGUUGGCCCGAAUGCUGUUGGUGCUUCGCCAGGUGACAAAAAGUCAAAGAACAAGUCCAUGCGAGGGAAGAAAAAGAGCAUAUUUGAAACCUACAUGUCCAAGGAGGAUGUUUCAGAAGGCUUGAAGAGAGGAACACUUAUCCAGGGUGUAUUGAGAAUCAACCCAAAGAAGUUUCAUGAAGCCUUCAUUCCUUCUCCGGAUGGUGAUCGGGACAUUUUUAUUGAUGGAGUUGUUGCUCGUAAUAGAGCCUUAAAUGGGGACCUUGUGGUUGUAAAACUGCUUCCUGAGGAUCAGUGGAAGCCAAGGAUAACCUUGUCUCUGCCUGGAGUGCUGGGAUUACAGGCAGUUAAACCAGAGAGCAACGACAAAGAAACAGAAGCUACUUAUGAAGCUGACAUCCCUGAAGAGGGCUGUGGACAUCACCCCCUGCAGCAGUCCCCGAAAGGCUGGAGUGGUCCUGAUGUCAUUAUAGAGGCUCAGUUUGAUGACAGCGACUCAGAAGAUAGACAUGGCAACACCAGUGGCCUGGUUGAUGGUGUUAAGAAAUUGUCAAUCUCUACUCCUGACAAAGGAAAAGAAGAUUCUAGUACUCCAGUUAUGAAAGAUGAGAACACCCCCAUACCACAGGACACAAGAGCCUUAUCAGAGAAGUCACUUCAGAAAUCAGCAAAGGUGGUUUACAUCUUGGAGAAAAAGCAUUCCCGAGCAGCAACUGGCAUCCUGAAACUCUUGGCUGAUAAGAACAGUGACCUGUUUAAGAAAUACGCCCUGUUUUCUCCUUCAGACCACCGAGUACCUAGAAUUUAUGUACCUCUCAAGGACUGUCCCCAGGACUUCAUGACCCGACCUAAAGACUUUGCCAACACACUCUUCAUCUGCCGCAUCAUAGACUGGAAGGAGGACUGUAAUUUUGCCCUGGGGCAACUGGCUAAGAGUCUUGGGCAGGCUGGUGAAAUCGAGCCUGAAACAGAAGGGAUACUGACAGAAUAUGGUGUGGACUUCUCUGAUUUCUCUUCAGAAGUUCUUGAAUGUCUCCCUCAAAGCCUGCCUUGGACAAUCCCACCUGAUGAGGUGGGCAAGAGAAGAGACCUAAGAAAAGACUGUAUCUUCACCAUUGAUCCAUCAACUGCUCGUGACCUUGAUGAUGCCCUCUCCUGCAGGCGGCUCACUGAUGGCACCUUCGAAGUGGGCGUCCACAUCGCCGAUGUGAGUUACUUUGUUCCUGAGGGAUCCUCUUUGGAUAAAGUAGCUGCUGAGAGAGCCACAAGUGUCUACUUGGUCCAGAAGGUGGUCCCCAUGCUUCCCAGGCUUCUGUGUGAGGAACUCUGCAGCCUCAACCCCAUGACUGACAAGCUGACCUUCUCUGUGAUCUGGAAGCUGACCCCUGAAGGCAAGAUCCUUGAAGAGUGGUUUGGCCGCACUAUCAUCCGUUCUUGCACCAAACUGAGCUACGACCAUGCCCAGAGCAUGAUUGAAAAUCCAACUGAGAAGAUCCCUGAGGAAGAGCUUCCCCCGAUUUCCCCAGAGCACAGCGUCGAGGAGGUGCACCAGGCAGUCCUGAACCUGCACAGCAUUGCAAAGCAACUCCGCCGCCAGCGCUUUGUCGAUGGCGCACUCCGUUUAGAUCAGCUGAAGCUUGCUUUUACUCUGGACCAUGAGACUGGAUUGCCUCAAGGAUGUCACAUCUAUGAGUACCGAGACAGCAACAAGCUUGUAGAGGAGUUCAUGCUCCUGGCCAACAUGGCGGUGGCCCACAAGAUCUUCCGCACCUUCCCUGAGCAGGCCCUGCUGCGCCGGCAUCCCCCACCACAGACGAAGAUGCUCAGUGACCUGGUGGAGUUCUGUGACCAGAUGGGGCUGCCCAUGGAUGUCAGCUCUGCAGGGGCCCUAAAUAAAAGCCUGACUAAGACAUUUGGAGACGACAAGUACUCUCUGGCCCGGAAGGAGGUGCUCACCAACAUGUACUCCCGGCCCAUGCAGAUGGCACUGUACUUCUGCUCUGGGAUGCUGCAGGACCAGGAGCAGUUCCGGCAUUAUGCUCUCAACGUUCCCCUCUACACACACUUCACCUCUCCCAUCCGCCGCUUUGCUGACGUCAUAGUGCACCGCCUCCUGGCUGCUGCUCUGGGCUACAGUGAACAGCCAGAUGUGGAGCCUGAUACCCUACAGAAGCAAGCUGACCACUGCAAUGACCGUCGCAUGGCUUCCAAACGUGUGCAGGAGCUCAGCAUCGGCCUCUUCUUCGCAGUUCUAGUAAAGGAGAGCGGCCCCCUGGAGUCCGAGGCCAUGGUGAUGGGUGUCCUGAACCAAGCUUUCGACGUGCUGGUGCUGCGCUUUGGGGUGCAGAAGCGCAUCUACUGCAACGCACUGGCCCUGCGAUCCUACAGCUUCCAGAAGGUGGGGAAGAAGCCAGAGCUCACUCUUGUUUGGGAGCCUGAUGACCUUGAAGAGGAGCCAACACAGCAGGUCAUCACCAUCUUCAGCCUGGUGGAUGUGGUCCUGCAGGCAGAGGCCACAGCCCUCAAGUACAGUGCUAUCCUGAAGCGACCAGGCCUGGAGAAGGCGUCUGAUGAGGAGCCUGAGGACUGAAUGCUAGCCCAAACCAGGCCUGUGCCUGCCCUACCCUGCUGGCUUUUAGGAAUAGGACCUUUUGACACCAAAGGGGAUUUUUAAUUUGGUUUUUAACAACUCAGGGGUUUGUUUUUAUUUUUAUUUUUCCUUUUAUUUUACUUUUGCAGCUCAGUUUUUAAAUGAACUGGAAGGUUAGGGGUCAGGGAAGGGAAUGCUGAGGCCUGGCCUGUGCUUCCCUGAGCAGAGAGGAUCCCAGUCCUCCUGGGCAGGCAGCCCCGCUUCUACCAGGCGACCCACUGCCCUUCCCUGCCCAGGAAAUGGGGGUUUCAGCAAAUCAGUGUCAUGGAAUAAAAUCAAGUGUGAAUUGC